AUGUCAGUUUGUUUAAUAGGUUUGCAUUUGUGUUUUCGAACUCUUUGCUGCAAAGGACCUCCUUCGGCAAGACCCGAGUAUGACGUUGUGUGUGUAGGACUCUCUGGUGCUGGCAAAACCAGUCUGCUUUCCUGCCUCUGCCAGGAAGACUGUGACAGUAUCACACCCACCACUGGUUUUAGCAUUAAAGCAGUACCAUUCCAGAACGCCAUCUUGAACGUAAAGGAACUUGGAGGGGCAGACAAUAUCAGAAAGUACUGGAGUCGCUACUACCAGGGAUCCCAGGGAGUGAUCUUUGUCCUGGACAGCGUCUCUUCGGAGGGAGACCUGGAGGUGGCGCGCAUGGAGCUCCACUCCGCCUUGCAGCACCCCCAACUCUGCACGCUCCCCUUCCUCAUACUGGCCAACCAUCAGGACAAGCCGGUUGCACGCAGCAUCCAGGAGAUAAAGAAGUAUCUAGAGUUGGAACCACUUGCAAGAGGGAAAAGGUGGAUUUUGGCAGGUAGUUCACUCCACAACAUUGAGGCUGUUAAGGAGAGUUUCCUACAGCUGAUUAAACUUUUAGAGGACACUCAACCAGUGCCAGGAAGGCUAUGAAGAGGAAAAACAGUUUCUUCUUAAAGCAAAAAACAACCCAACCUGUAAUCAUCUUGCAAAAAUUUUCUCUUAUUUCUUUCUCCUUAUUUUUGCAUUUUGAUCACAAUUCUUGGUCUUAAAAUGAAAUUAUCAAGAACAGCACUCAAUGGUUGAAAAAAGGGGAAACACGUUCAGAAGUGACAAGACCAAAUGUAUGAUGCUUAUUUAGAUCAUUUUAAAUAUAUUUGAUAAAAGUAGUUUUUCCAAGCGCACAACAC